AACACGUGGUUUGUCUCGCUGGUAUCAGGGUCCGUCCACUGCAUGCAACACGCACGGGUGAUUUUUAGUAUUUGCCGUAUCUCGACAUCCCGCGCUGAAAUGAUCUGUUUGAAAUCAUGUGUUGACACAGUCAAGACUCACGAAGUAAGAAUGUUAGUAAAGGAUUCCCCAACAAAAAGUUUCAAAAAGAACGACUGAUAUGGACAGCGACAACUCGGAAACAGUUCCCAAAGGGGAAGUUCCGACCGAGGCAGAAUUUGCACGGUUGCUCUGCGACAAGACGUUUGUCGAUUACUUCAACACGUUCCUUUCACUCCCGGUAUUCUCCCAGCGUUUGCUGUAUCGUUUCACUGAGCAGAACUUUGAAUUGGAUCCACCUAUCAAACGGACUCAGUAUCGUCUUGAUCGUCUCAAGUUGAUGCGAUGGGUUCGAACCCAGAGGGCGCCUCUCUUCUUCAAAACCGACCUGUACCUGGAGUUUCUACUGUGCAAACAACUGCAGAAGACUCAGCUACAUCUGUCCUGCCUUUAUGGAACAGAUCAAUCCAACGCCAAGGACAGGAUGCUGGACCGACGCCUGAUGUCUCGCUGGCUCAGCCGGGUCUCCGGGAUGCGCAAAUUCCGCUCCUUUUUGGACCAAACAGCGGGCGAGAAGGCGCUCAACUUCUGGCUGGACGCCGAACGGUUCCGGAAGACCACGCACUGCAUGGAGGAACACCGGGUCCUGUUCCGGCAGAUCGAGGCCAAGUACUUCAAACACGGAGGCAUGCUGGAGUUACCGGAACACGCGAAGUGGCUUGCUUCCGUCAAGCCGGGUGGCCGAGAUGGAUCGAGUUCGCCACUUGUUGAACCUGGAUCACGUGCUCGAGAACGACGUCAGAGUCACUUCCUUGGCAGCGGAGUGGAGGUAGAAUCCCGCCUGCCAGGAGGCUCUAUCUACGGUGACAGUCAUGAGUGGCUUAUCGCUCCGGACGCUUUCGUCGUCAUCCAGGGAUUCUUCCUUAAGACUCUGCAGAACUACUGGGUGUCUCGUUACAUCAUCCAUUGCAAGACCAAGUGGUUCGUCCGCGGUGAUGUGUCCGUGUACAGACCCAACUGCUACGUGGUAAAAGUCCGCAGUCUGUCGGACCUCGUGGAUGAAGAGGGCGAGGCACUGACGGGGGAGGGUAUCGUCAAGUCCAAGCAGUUGGUCCGGGUUGGAUCGAGGUUGAAGAAGCAGAGUGCCUUUAAUCUCUUGUCGAUGUUCAGCUCGCCAGGCGUGCGACGCUCCGAGUUGGCGGCUAUUUUGAAACUGGAGGACACCGGAGAAACGCUGGGAGUAAAACCUGACGCGGGACAGUCUGCGGAGAACACAGAGGGUUGGAAGACGGAGGACUUCCCGCUGCCCACCAUCUCGGAGGAAAGCGGCAUGAGCGAUGAGAGCAGGAAGUCUUCUGCCAGGUCGAAAUCAAGUUCUUCUCCUGGUUUUGCUACGCCGUCACCCUGCCCUACGUCACCCGAGAAAUCUAUAUCAGUUUUUAGCUUGAGCCCAGAAAAGACUCCUAGUAAAGAUGAUAUGAAAACAACUGGGGCGGGGUUGGAAGUAUCUAUCGAGUCACCAGAUGGCAAAAAAGAUGUGAUUUCAGAAGUAUCUAUCGAGUCACCAGAUGGCAAAAUAGAUGUGAUUUCAGAAGUAUCUAUCGAGUCACCAGAUGGCAAAAAAGAUGAAGUCCAAAAGGAACUUCCUUUCGCAGAACCAUCCGAGAGUCGGCAAGGUUCUCCCUUGGCACAGGACGGGGAGGGAAGAAUCACGCCCACCUCGGCAAAGAAGCGUCGUAGUAGUGACGUCACUGGUCUGUCGAGCGCAGACACAGACAAGCUUAUGUCCCGAUUCCCACCCGGAAGGAUGCGACGCAGCAGCGUGGCUGUGCCUUACCAGAUCAGCCGAGAUUCCAGCUCCUCAUCAGUAGGAAGAAGCUCUGUUUCAGGUGAUUCCAUCCACACGCCCUCCCUACGCAGAAUGUCCCUCCAGUCGAACACAGGUUUGGAUCCCUCCUCUAGCAGCUUAGCUAGUUCCAGAGGAAGUGCUCCGGCCGCACUCAAGAAACCCAAGCCGCCUCAAAGAGCAAGGGCCAAGUCCAUGGAGUUCCGGUUGGCGGAUUUCUCGAUGAUGAUCAAGUCUCUUGAUGCUACCGGCGGUGCUGCUGCUACCAGUGGUGACGUGUCCGACAUUGACAAAAUCGCUUCCAUCGGACUACCGCAACUUGAGGCUGACAUCGAAGCCCUGCAGACUCAGAAAGAGAUAGAUGAGCGCAAGAAAGCAGAGAAAGCUAGCCGGAGGCAACGCAGAAGAGGUUCUGUGAUCGAGGAUGAUCAAGCAGGUCUUGGGGGUAAGCUUGGUAAAAAGGGACACAAAACAGGGAAGGCAUACCUCCAGCGCGGUCGCAGAGGUUCCAACGCCUUCAGACCUUCUGGGAAACAACUCGCGCAACUUACCCGAGCCAAUCUGGCACUGAUGGAAGCCGCGCACCGCGGGAAGUGGAAACCACCAAGCCUGAGCAGUCGGAGGAGUAUCUCAACUCGCGAAGGCAGAAAAAUGGGUUUCGGUCAGCACCUCGGAAAGUACGGCCUUCAGAAGGACGAGGUCGAGAGAGUCCAAGAGCCGACCAAAGAUUACAACAAGCUGACGUUUCAGGAGAAGCUGGAACAGGACUCGCGCAAGCUUGCCAGGAUUCCUCGGCUGUCGCCCUCUCAGAUGCUUGGCCCCAGCGGUGCUGACAUUGAAGCCGUGGGCACGCUUGCUGAAUUCACUAAGGACAGCACCUUCUCUAUCGGUUCAAAACUCCCCAACAUUAAUUCAGAGGUCCAUCUCAAACAGCCGGCAGCCAUGAGCAUCUGCCAGCCUUCCUACCGGGGCUACGGUCUCGGUGAGGUCAACUAUCGCCAGAAGCACCGUCUCUUGAUCGGCGCGAUCUCAUCCGACAAACUGGCAGGAAAUCCUCUGUACAAUUUCCUCCAAACGCGCCAUCUCGAAACCGAGCUGAGUUACCUCAAGUUCUGGCAGGCUGCUCAGGAAUAUCUGAUGACCGGGACGUACAGCAGCGACAUCGAGGGCAGCUUGUCCAGACAUCGUCUUGCCAGGCAGAUAAAGGCUACCUUCCUGACACAAACCGGGGAGUGUCACAUCUCCGUCGGUGAUCGCUUAGCGAGUGAGUUGUGCGGACAGCUGCCACAAGACACAGCGGAUGAGCUCGUAGUGCACGCUCAGAACUUGGCCUGUGAAGCCCUUCAGGAAUGUCUGACCAACUUCCAAAGACAUGAUCUGGAAGAGUUCCUCUCAAAAACGACAUCUCGGAAGAAUUUCCAGUUGGACGCCUACUCCCGACUAAAAACUCGCCCAACGGGCUUCCCGGACCAACUGCCAUCACAGAAGGGCGCAGGGGCGGACCUGCUACCGUCCAUUGAGACCUCGAGCCACGCCAUCAACCAGUUGAUGAAGACGGCCCGCGAGAGCGCAGCAGCGGAGGAGGACGAGAAGCGAAGUGUGAAGGUCCUGGGAGCGGGGACCGUCAGCGCGCUGGCCCCGUAUCGAAUGUGGAGAGCGCUGCAACUCGCGGAAAGUGCAACAAGGGCCGUUACUGAACCAGUAGUUGUAAGUGAUCCAAGCGACCCAGAUAGCGACAGCGAAGACGAGGGUAGCCUUAGGCGAAAACUUACCACCGUCUACCGUAAACGCAAACCAAAGCCGGUGAAAGAGGUAGGUCCUAGACCUUCGUUCGGUCCCUCAAGCCAGCGUUCCUUGGGCAUACAGCGGACCAUCCAAGCCCGGGCUAGUAAGCACGCACCGGACGAUGAGGCAACGGCUAUGGGCAAAGCGGUGUGCCGAGCUAUCAGGAAAGACGGCAAAACCAUACACAGACCACCAAGGCCAAAAGUCUUUCAAGAGGUUCUCCGCGAUGCCAGCCAUCAGGAAUUUCUGAAGAGAUUCCUGGCCCAGCGUAAGUCCGACCUGCCGCUGCAGUUCUGGCAAGCCGUGGAGGGGAUGAAGACGUCCUGUAGAGACGCUAAAAGUAGACAGUCCAAGACCAUCAUGAUUGUACGCAAGUUCUUCAGCAAGGCUAAUGACUUCGGCAACGCCCUACAGUGCGACGCUGAGAUAAUCCAAGAAAUCCCCCACCUAGAGAAGGUGACGCCUCAGAUGCUGAUGUCUGCCCAAGCCUGCGUGGCUAGGAGCAUGGAGGAAAACUGGUUUGGGCUGUAUCAAGACACAUUCCCGGAUGAGGCAUCAGACGAAGAAAGUGAAGAGGGCAGCACCACGGAGGAGGAAAGACUGGGCCCACGUGAUAAGAACAAAGCAUUAUGGGCAAUGUUUAUCAACAACGUGACAUCAUUCCGUCGCGGAUUGAUGAACCAGGCCACGAUGGCUGCCUUCAAAGCCUACUUCGCGAAAGAGGUCCAGCGAGAGAUGGAAAAACAGAAGCAGACGGGAGUGCAGAUCAGGCGCAUGAUCAGUAACAAAGUCAUCAUCGUGGAAAGACUCAAGAAUGACCUCAGCUUCUGGGCAGAAGUUGAAAGAUUCAAGGAGCUAGCUGAUUCUGCAGCCCGUGCUGCAGCCAUGGGCACCUACACACUGGAUGAUGAAGAGUAUGUCCAGAAGAAAGCCAAGGCGCUCAUCGAUUGCUACAUAGACUCACAGGUGCCUCCAAAACUACAGAUCAACAUUCCCCAGGAGAUAGCGGAUGAGAUCUUAGGUACCUUCCAGAACGGUCUGAUAGAGCGAGGCCUCUUCCACGACGCCGCUGUCUCCAUCUUCAGUGUCCUGCUCUACUGCUGGAAAAAGUUUUGUCGUGAGAGGUUUGCUCCUCCCAGCAAGAAGUCCAGCCGGGCUGCCAUGUCCACUGAACCACCCAAGAAGAGGAAACGAAAGAGGAAACGUCACCCUUCCACGCCACGUGUAGCUGGUGUCAAGAUCAAGACCAUCACGGGCACAUCAGUUGACGACCAUCCCAAGAUGCAGUUCAGCCUCCAGACAGGCAUCCAGCUGAUCCUGCCUCCCAAGCCCCCGAGCUACGAUCAUGAGCGGCUCCGCGCCAUGAUCCGUCAGUUAUACCCGGAGGGCGGCCAAGCCGACUCUGCCCACAGCGACGACAACAAACUACUGCAGCUGUACCAGGUGGCACAGCAGCUGCAAGCGCAACAGCAACAGCCUGGGCAGGGGAGCUACGCGCAGCGACGACUCAGUCGAUCUAUCGGACAGCACCUGCAAAUGGCUGCCAGAAACCUCAUGCCAGGCGGGCAUGGUAGCUAUUGAUACAAGUCUGUAGAACUAACCGAAAAUUUGGGAAGGGGGGUGGGGCGAUAAGGACAUGAAAUUCGACUAGCAAAUAACAGCCACAAGGGAUCAAUUUCAUGAAGUUGCUCGGCAGCAGGCAUAGCUUAGCAUUUGUUCUUGCUGAGCAGAUAUCAGGUGGGGACCAGCCACAAUCAAUGUACAUUACAUCAGUUUGACUGGUAACCCAUUUUUGCUGAGCCAAAAUUUCGCAUGCUUAGCAUCUCCAGGAAGUUGGGCCCUUGGUGAUAAAUAUCAUGGCUUGGUUGUGCAUAAUUCACCACUCCUUUUCCAAAACAGCUACCGGAAUCGAGAGCAAGUCAUUCUGAAACUUUUGAGUAUUCACCUUUAGAAAAUUCAACAAUUAUAGUUCCAAAUGGUAUUUUUGUCUGAUGUAUUCAAAUAUAUGUGCGUUCAUGGGCUCAAUAAACUUGACAAAAUUGAGUCUUAUGACCUGUUUAAGAAUGCUUUAACUUUCCUAGAAGAUUUUACUAACAAAAUACACAUUAUAACAAUGUUGAUAACUGAAACAUUAACUUAAAAAGUUGGGAAACAUUGAAACGUUUUGACUUUGAAAACAGGAUAGUUGAAAAACAAGCUAAAGUUUGUAAUUUUAUUCUAAGAUAAUCCAUGGUAUAUACAUAAAUAAACAUAACAAAACAAUUUGAAAUAAAAUAUCAUUUUCGAAGAGAAUAAUAUAUGAUUUGUGGUAGUAGCAAAGAUUCAUUUUCAUAAGGCACAGGGUAUGCAUUGAGUGUGUUACUGUGGAGGAGGAAAGGGCAUCCAUAUUUAUUUCAAUAUUUUUAAAUAAAUAUCCUCCCCCCCCCAAAAAAAAAAAAAAACCAAAGGAACGAAGAUAUAUUAGAUAUAAACAAAUCGGACAAAUUAAUUGGAUACGGUACAGAUGAUUUAUUUCAGAGAAACAGUAAAUACACAUGCCAUUUCAAAAUUGACAGAAUUGAGGCCAAGACAAGGGUGACAAAAAGCUUGGAAUAUGAACCAAGCAGGUUAGAAUGUCAUAAUAUAUGUGCUUAUUUGUGAGAAAAUAAGAAAACUGUACUGGCUAUACUGUCAAGACUUUAUUUCAGGAUUUCAUACUUGAUAACUCUGAUACAAAAUAUGAUUCUCUAUGACAGAGUUUAUCAACAUACAUGUAUUCAUAAGUUUCUCCAAAACCUGAGCUACUCUAUCAACAUAGAUUUGGAACCAAUGACAGCAAGUUAACAAUUAUAGAAAAAAACUGAUGAUCAAUUCUGGAAAUCACCAAUGUACAUGGCCCCAAAACUGUCAAUUACAACAGAAAUCAAGAACUCAGCACAACAUUUUAUAUUCUCACUCUACACUCAAAGAAGGAACUACACUUUUUUAGUAACUGCAUAGCAUUUGGUGUUACACAAUAUGAAAACUAAAUUGAGAUCAUCAUAAAGACUUGCAUUUCACUCGCAUUUCAAUUGCAUUCAAAUUAAGUGUCAAAACUGCUCAAUUAUCGUUGGGAGAAUUAACCUGUAUUAGUAAUUAAAAACUAUCGAACCAAUUGCUGGAGAACUAAGAAAUGCAGGAAUUAAGAAAAUAAGACAAAAUAAUAAGGGGCAAUGAAAACCAAUGAGAAACCAAAAAUAUUUUUUCACGAAUUGAAGUUAAACAGUACAGAACAGCACAAGAAGAGUUGCAUGAGAUGAAUAUGAGAUGUACAAACGUAAAAAGCAACAGAAAUAAGUUUCAAAGCCAAAGUUAAGUACCACAGAAAAUUAAGUUUAAGGUUCCUUUCCCCAUGCUUUUCAACAAUUUCGGGUUUUUUCUCUUAAUAAAUUUUCAAUUUGUAUGUUCUAUUCCGACCAAUAAAAACAACCCCUUGUUUUUCAUAUUUGGCCAUCUACAACCCCUUGGAAAAAAAAGUGUUGUAUUUUGGACAGCAGACUGGCUCCCGGUCCAUACAUUAUCGAUACUGAUUAUGGGGCGGGAACCAGCCUUCCCAAUGAGAAUCGAAUUAUUGUCUGGCAGGCAGUAAUUGAAAAAAAUUGCAGUAAAAAUUCAAUAACUACAGACGGGCCAAAUUUUUUUCAGUCGAUAUCUCAUUCAAAAUUGAAUAAGUUUGGAUUUGCUAGAAAAAAAUAGCUAUUUAGAAAAGGAUUCUACUUUUCGGAAUGAACUAGCAUGGGGAAUGCUCUUUUAACACACAAUUGCGAAAACCUGCAUUUGUCUUUAAUUACAAGCAACCAAAUAUUCUACAAAAAA